UAGAUAUUUAAACCGGACAAAUACAAGUGUUGAGGCAAUUAUGUCGGACGAGCGAGCAUAGCUGGGUCUUUAGCUUUAAUUCGCCGAUCUGAUUGUAUUUGAUUAGGGAUCUCUCAUCUAUCAUCUGCGACUCUAAAAAAUGAAGCAUAUAGUAAAGAUAUUGAGCCUGUUGGUGGCGAUCUCUGCCUUCUGGAUUGGUCUUUUGCAGGCUGCUAUCGUUCCUCGAACCCACACAUGGUUGCUACCGAUCUACUUUGUAGUGUCUCUCGGAUGCUAUGGUCUAUUAAUGGUUGGUAUUGGGCUAAUGCAGUUUCCUACCUGUCCCCAAGAAGCAGUUCUUUUACAGCAGGAUAUUGCAGAGGCCAAGGACUUCUUUAAGCACAAAGGGGUCGAUGUCGGAUCAGACUGAUACAAUAGCGCUUGUUAUGGCCAAACACUAGAAUAGUUUUAUCUUAACGGCAAGAGAUCUUACAUGCGUCUGUUUGAAUAGUUGAAUUAAACUGUGUUUUCUGACUUUACUUGAGGAAAUGUUGGCAAACGCCAUUACACAAAAAAGCAACAACUAAUAACAAUUUGUCUUCUUCU